AUGGGUUCUGUGAUGUUGGACCGGAGGUUAUCAUGUCUUCUUCUGCAGGCAGCUGUUCUGCUGCUGCUCAGCAAGGGGGAGAGGAUGUGCCCUGCGAGUUGCCGCUGCGAAGGAAAGAUUGUUUAUUGCGAGUCGGGCAUCUUCCAAGCCAUCCCAGAAAACAUCACCACGGGUUGCCAAGGUCUGUCUCUGCGCUACAACAGCCUGCUGGUUCUGUUGCCGUACCAGUUCGCUCACCUUAAUCAGCUUAUCUGGCUUUAUUUGGACCAUAACUCCAUCAGAGAUAUAGAUGCUUUAGCCUUUCAUGGUGUGCGCAGGCUCAAAGAACUCAUCCUCAGCUCCAACAAAAUAACUCAUCUGCACAACAACACAUUCGGCGCCAUACCAAACCUUCGGAAUCUGGACUUGUCCUACAAUCAGCUGCAGUCUCUGCAGCCCGGGCAUUUUUAUGGUCUGCGCAAGCUACAAAAUCUCCACCUUCGAUCUAAUGGCCUGAAACAGAUCAUCAUCCGUACGUUUCUGGAAUGCCGCAGCCUGGAGUUUCUGGACUUGGGUUACAAUCGCUUGCGGAGCCUCACCCGCACAACCUUCUUAGGGCUGUUCAAGUUGAAAGAACUUCAUUUAGAGCACAAUCAAUUUUCCAGGAUUAAUUUCUUCAUUUUCCCGCGCCUUACAAACCUCCAGGCUCUUUAUUUGCAAUGGAACCGCAUACGAUCCAUCAAUCAAGGCGUGCCUUGGACUUGGCACAAACUACAGAAAUUGGACCUGUCAGGGAAUGAAAUCCAGAUCUUGGACCCGGCGGUUUUCCAGUGUAUGCCGAACUUACAAAUACUCAACCUCGAAUCGAACAAGCUCAGUAGCGUGCCUGUGAAAGCCGUGGCGGCGUGGACCUCGCUAACCACCGUCAGCCUGGCAGGUAACGCCUGGGACUGCAGCCCCAGCAUCUGCCCGCUCGUGGGAUGGCUCCGAGGCUUCAGAGACUCCAAGGACAUCAGCAUGAUAUGCAGCAGCCCAAAGUCUGUGCAGGGCGAACGAGUCGUGGAUGUGGUGAAGAAUCACUCGACGUGUGCGGACGUGUCAAAUGAUUUCUCAACCACCGCUCUCGUCGUUCUGACUUCCACCCAAGUUGUGAACGUCACGACCUACCUCUCUCCCUCUGGUGUUACACACCCUGCGACUGAGUCACCUGUACAGAGGGUAACCCCUUGGCCUGUUCGUCCUAGUGGGACAAACAGGAAGACAACAGGGCCCACAAACAUGAGCUCCACAUCGCCCUUCUCCCUUGAACCCCCUACAUCUUUUAUCCCAGAGCUGCAGUUUGAACAUAUGGCUUUCCAUAAAAUCAUUGCAGGCAGCGUAGCCCUGUUCCUGUCAGUGGCAUUGAUCCUCUUGGUUAUUUAUGUGUCCUGGAGGCGCUACCCCAACACCAUGAGGCAGCUGCAGCAGCACUCAGUCAACCAUAAGCGCAGGAAAAAGGCCCGCAAGCAGGAGCAGGACCUUAACUCUCAGUUGCAAGAGUACUACCUGAGCUACCAUUCAAACUCCGAGACGAUGGACUCUUUGGUGAACGAGACAAGGCCGUGCACGUGCACCAUUUCAGGAUCCAUCGAAUGUGAGGUCUGAGGUGGCAAUUCCACCUUACGGGACUCAAAGUGCAAUUGCUUAGCAGAGGUAAAUGGUUUUUCCACAAGACGAAGUGCUUUUAUCUCCACUGUGAGAUGAUAGAUUCUGCCGCGCUGAAGGAAAUACUUGGGUGCACAGUACAAUACCACGAUGUGCACAGAGACAAA